GAAUUCCUCCAAAUCCAAUAAAAGAAAGUAUGUAUUUGAACAUCUACUAAUGGAGUAGUUUAAGCAAAUAUUCAGCAUCUGGUUUCCAUGGCAGUUGCGAGGAAGUUAAAGUCAACAUUUGUCCAUUAGCAAGCAGACAAAUCGUGAACUGAAAUGAAAAUGUUUAAGAAAAAAAGUGAUCUAUCUCUACCUCCGUUACCAAAACCACCAAAAACCGAACAGAUGAUUGAAGACAUCAAUUCUGCUGAUGAUAAUGAUCCUGUGUUUCUAGAAGGGUCAUGUAAAAGAAUGUUCGAUGAACGAACAAAAACGGACGAAAAAUUUGAAAUAGUCAAGGAAUGCAUUGGAGCCAACCAAGAUUUAAAUGGUUUAAUCAUCAAAACUGGAGAAAAACUAACAAGGCUUCAGAACAGCAGAGAUGAACUUCAGGAAAUGACGGAGUCAAUCAAAAAUAAAGUAGCUGGAGCUUUGGAUUAGUAACAUUUCAUCCAAAAUAACUUUUGGAAUCAAGAAUUAAAAGUUACAUUUCCUCUGAAACUAAAUACUUAACUAUAACUUUUACAAAUACUUAAUACACAUCCAUAAUAUGCAAAACUUUAAUGUGUUGUGCCAUUAUAGAUUUUUACAAUUGGAAAGGCAUGCAAGCAAUAUUUUACAAAAUACUAAUAAAACAUGUAUAAAAUACAUUUAAAUAUAUAAACAGAUGGCACACUAAAAAUGUAUUUGAAGUGAGUCAUUGGUUAGAGUGCCUAUAACCAUUAAAGCUACAGGUAUUGUUUAUAACUGUAGCAUGUUUUAAAGGUAGGCCCAUCAAACACUUCUAAUAGGAACACCAUGGUAACUGUAACCCAUUAGUUUUGAAUUAUAUAAUUAAUAUUCAGUUUCCAACAACUAUUCAUAUAAAAUAAUUGUUAUACAUAUGUCAUCUUUGUUCAUGUUUGUCUCAAGUUAUUGUAAGGCUUUUUAUAGACACUUGUUAUUAAAUUCAAAUUGUGUUAUUUUUA